AUGCCUGCAAUGCUCGAGGAUCCCACUGCGCCCGUCGUCUACCGCACUUCAGGCGACACGCCCUAUCCUCCGCCCGGCGACCCUCUCCCUCCAGGCAUUGCGCCGCGCCAAGUUACCUUGCGCGAUCGAGUAACCGUCGCCACCAUCGUACCCUUUUCGGCGCCGAACCAGGUACCCCUCACACUGCUUGCCUACCUGUGCGAUCAGCUCGGUCGCGAGAUCGAGAAGGGCGAUACAUACCCCAUGGUCGACCCGCUGCCGCUCGAGAACUUCGGUCCGUACUGGUUCGGCGUCUUCGGCGCUAUUAUGCUGUUGGGUGAGAUACACGACGGCAGAGAGAUACAUGAAAUGGCGCGCCGCGGCUGCGAUUGGGAGCGGGAGUGUCUGGGUAGCUUCUACAUCAAGCCAAACUACCCGGGGCGGUCGAGCCACGUCUGCAACGGCGGCUUUUUGGUCACUGAUGCGUCGCGAAACCGAGGCGUAGGCCGUCUGAUGGGCGAGACGUACCUUGACUGGGCGCCGAAGCUUGGCUAUACAUAUUCCGUCUUCAACCUCGUGUAUGAGACAAACGUCGCUUCUUGCCGGAUAUGGGAUGCACUUGGCUUUAAGCGCAUAGGACGUGUCAAAGGCUGCGGCAAUCUGAAGUCCUACCCCGGCGAGCUCGUCGAUGCCAUCAUCUACGGUCGAGACCUCGGCCAAGACGAUGAUUUUGUCUCAGAAGAGCGCUUCGACAAGAUCCGCUUCUAUCUCAAGAAUGGAAAGUACCCAAAUGGAGCCGAUCGAGCGGAGAAGAGCCGUCUACGCAGUGCAGCAACCCACUACAAGCUCUACCCCGCCACAGCUACUCAACCGGAGAAGCUGAUGCUCAAAGGCAAAGAAGUGAUAUCAGAUCCCCAGCGUCAAUACGAGAUCGCGCGAGAUGUGCACCACAAGUCCCACGGUGGCAUCAACAAGACCACGGCGUCAAUCGCCGAAAACUACCACUGGGUCCGCAUCAAGGAAACCGUCAGCCAGGUAAUCCGCAACUGCCCUGAAUGCAGCGAGAUGAACAAGGGUCUCUCUGCACUUCGUGCCCAGCAAUCGCGCUACAUGCUGCAGCAGCAGCAUCCAGGCUCACACCCUUCGACCCCCACGCCGGCUCAACAGCCAUAUCCUUCACCUCUCCAACAGCAAGAGCAGCAUCCUCGUGCCCUCGACCGCGCAGACUCACCCAGCAAUCAACUCCAAAUAGAAGCCGCUCAGCACCAACCCCAGUUCCCAACCUUUCCGGCCCAACACAAUAGCUACGACAUGCCCGUCGACCCCGCGCUCAUGGACGACGUGCACCAGACGAUGAAUCUCGAAGACCUCCCUCCCUCGCCGUUCUUGUCUGCGGGGAAUAAUCUGCCUAUGCAAGGGAUACCUAACCUAGAUCUGCCCGCGUCGGAUCUGCCGAACCCGGUCCCACGCAUGAGCGGGGAUAGCCAGAUGUCGGGGACGGAGGAGCGCGCGCCGACUGCGAGGGAGGAGCUGCGGAGGAGGUUGACGAGAGCGGGAUAUGCGAGUCAGAAGUGA